AUGCGGCCGCUACAGCGCUGGUCUUGGGUGUGGGCGCUGGUGGGCACUGGCGUGGACAUGUCCACCGAAGCCUUCGACGUCGCCAUCAAGGAGACACUGGAGGAUGUCUCCGAGGUGGUCUUCUUUCUCCUCGGUGCCCUGACCAUCGUGGAGAUCAUGGACGCGCACAAAGGCUUCGACAUCAUCACCAAGUCCAUCAAGGCGACGAAGCAGCGCGAACUGCUGAUCACCAUUGGCGUGUUGACCUUUGUGCUGUCCUCCGUCCUGAACAACCUGACGGUGGUCAUUGUCAUGGUGUCUCUCCUGCAGAAGGUGGUGAAGGACGACGAGUUCCGCAUGAAGCUGGGCGGCCUUGUGGUGGUGGCCUCCAAUGCCGGCGGAGCCUGGACCCCCAUCGGCGACAUUACGACGACCAUGUUGUACAUUGGCGGUCAGGUCACCACAGUGCCGCUGCUGGCCAACUUGUUUGUGCCCAGCGUGCUGUGCCUGGUGGGAACUCUGGGCUACGAGCUGGCGAUGAUGGGAGAUAAACCUUUCGAACGUCCAGCGGGGGCUUCCGCCAAGGAGGAUGAUGUGCAGCCCAAUGGCCAGGCGAUCGUGUUCUGGGGCGGGCUCUUCGGUAUGGUCUCCGUGCCCGUCUUUACGGCGUACACUCAGUGCCCGGCUUGGUGCGGGAUGAUGCUCGUCCUUGGCCUGCUGGGGCUCGUCACUUCCCUGCUCCAUGACCCCCAUGACGAGCACUUCAGCAUGAAGGGAGCGCUCACCCGCGUCGAGGUGCCUGACGCCCUCUUCUUUUUGGGGGUUUUGUUCGCAGUGGGCGGCCUGGAGCGCGUGGGCCUGCUGAAGGAGUUCGCAGUCGCACUCACCAACGUGUGCCCCUACGAAUCCCUGGUGGCCAUUUUGCUGGGCUUCGCGUCUGCCAUCGUGGACAACGUGCCCCUGGUGGCGGCCGCCCAGGGCAUGUAUGACAUUGCGGAUCAUCCCGCCAACGCGUUCCUGUGGAACAUGAUCACGUACUGCGCAGCCACUGGUGGCUCGCUCUUGGUGAUCGGAUCUGCUGCAGGCGUUGCCUUCAUGGGCAUGGAGAAGAAGGUCUCCUUCGGAUGGUACGUGAAGAGCAUCGGCCCGGCCGCGCUGGCCGGGUACUUCUUGGGCGUGAGCGGCAUCCUGGGCCAACAGGCGCUAGGGCUGAGCGUCAGCUGA